CCACAGUUGGAGACAUUGGUGUGUGGCAGAGUGUUUACAGUGGAGUGAACCUGUUCUAUGAGGAUACGAACCUUCCCAUGUUUACAACAUACGUCUACCGUAUAACAGUGUUCAAUGAUAUUGGACAAACAAUAAGCCCCAACUCUACCCUGGUGACCACUUUUGGUGGCCUUCCUAGACUGUCUGCAAAUGUCACCGCAGUGGCUGUAGACCACCUGAGUAUCUAUGUUCAACUGGACACUCCCAGGUCCUGUAGAACUACAGGGACAAGUUCAGAAUCUAACUCUUCAAGUAGAGAGCAACAUCAGCAGCACAACGGUGUACCCAAACACUACACAGCAAAACUAUGUGGUCACAGGUCUACAGCCCAACACACAGUACCAGGUGACUCUAGUGGUCACCAUCUUUGGUGGGGCUUCCAUCAGUAG